ACUAAAAUCCACAUUUUACGAUGGCAUCAGGGCAGGAAGAACCUGAAUGGCUUGAUUCUGAAGCAGAGAGAGGUGCGGCAGCCAGCAUCUAGGAGGGUGAAGUUCAAUAUCGGACCAUGGGUUGGUGAUGGGAACGCUGACAGCUGGGCUUUAAACACAGGCAAUGCGGAAUAUGUAAUUUUACCUCAUUACACUGAUGAUAGCCGAGAAUAUUUCCCCGGGAAUCUUGUCUUUCCCAUCGGCCGUUGCAACAUGAGGGAUGGUGCCUAUCCAACACUUAUUUUUGUCAGAGCCGCCGCCAUUCUAGUCUUCUUGUCUGUAUUAUCAUGGUACACCGGUUUUCUAAUGGGACAGUUCAAAGUACGUUACCCGCAAGUACACAGCAUGGCCGAUGCAGGAGGAAUUAUAUGGGGACCCAUUGGUAGAGAGAUUGUGGGAAUUGGCCAACUUAUUCUGCUUGUCUUUUUCAGAUCAAGCCACAUCCUCACAUUCAGCAUUCUUUUGAAUGUCCUCACCGGCCAUGCAACAUGCAGCAUUGUCUUCCGGGUUGUUGGGUUGGUUAUCAGUUCCUUGAUGGCCUUGCCAAGGACAAUGGAGAAAGUCUUUUGGUUUGCGAUAACAUCAUUUAUCAGCAUUUUUACUGCAACGGUAGUCUUGAUGGUUUCCGUUGGCGUGGAGGCUAAAUUUCCGAUACAAAAUGACACUGCUAGAAAGGCCAGUUUCUACAAGGCAUUCCUGGCCGUAACAAACAUUAUUUCGCUUACAGUCAUUGCACACGUUGCCUAUUUCGGGUUCAUCUCAGAGACCAAACAGCCGCGAGACUACCCCAAGUCGCUUGCAUUUCUUCACAUCGUCGAAACUACCCUCUACCUAGUCAGUGCAUUGGUCAUCUAUCACUUUGUGGGACCGAACGUGAAGUCUCCUGCCCUGUCCUCGGCUGGACCGAUCAUGAGGAAAUUUUGCUAUGGCAUUGCCAUUCCUACUGUCUUGAUUGCCGGUAUCAUUGCAGGCCACGUUGCCUGUAAGAACAUUUACAUCCGUCUGUUCCGGGGUUCGGACCAUUUGCAUAAACGCAGUGUUUUGUCCGUUGGUUCAUGGAUUGGUAUUGCGUUGACGCUAUGGGUUGUUGCAUGGGUUAUUGCGGAGUUUAUUCCGAGUUUCAAUGAUCUGCUGAGUUUGAUCGUAAGUCGGAGACUCUCAUAUGCACCGCUUUUCGUUGCUGAUUGA